CACUAUCUAAAAAUAAAUCAGUUGAAUUGUCUCCCUUGAUAAAACCGAAACUAAAAAAAAAUAGGAGAAAUGCAAGAUUUUAGAAUACUUGACGGUGGUGCUGGAUCAGAAUUGCAAGAUUUAGGAUUCCAUGUAAAUGAAGAUCCACUGUGGUCGGCAAGACUUUUACAUACAAACCCAAACGCUAUAAAACAGCUGCACAAAAGUUUCUUGGAAGCCGGCGCGGACAUUUUGGUAACGGUCACUUACCAGGCUACAGUGGAAGGUUUCCGGAAGUACCUACAGCUGACCACGGAGAGAGCCGUGAAUCUCAUCAAACUGGGGGUGAGACUGGCCAGGGAGGCGUGUCGGGAGGUGCCGGGAACAGGUAAAGAAAGGUUGGUGGCGGGGUCUGUGGGUCCCUAUGGGGUUUUCCUACACGAUGGAUCCGAGUACUCCGGAAGUUACGUAGACAACAUGUCCAAUGAGGAGUUGAUGGACUGGCACCGACCCCAGGUGGCGGCCUUGGUGGAGGCGGGAGUGGACAUGUUGGCCGUGGAGACCAUCCCGUCCCUGAAGGAGGCUGAGGCAAUACUUAGGCUUCUAAAAGAGUUCCCUGCAGCAAAGGCCUACGUCACAUUCUCUUGCAAGGACGGAAGGAAUUUAUGCCAUGGUGAGGAAUUUUCCGAUGCCAUACAGAAAGUGAUGACGUCAGAUCAGGUGAUUGCUUCUGGUCUCAACUGUACUCACCCUAGUCAUGUAUCGGAACUCCUCGACAGUCUCCGUCCUUUGCAACUUACAAAGCCAAUUAUUGUAAAACCCAACAGUGGCGAGGACUGGGAAUCUGGAGUAGGUUGGUUUGGAAGGGGAGAGGAUUCACCACUAGAGAAUCACGUUUCUGAUUGGAUCAAGAGAGGAGCCACUUGGAUUGGGGGAUGUUGCAGAAUCAAACCACGUGAUAUCAAGAGUUUAGGAGAAGAAAUUAAGAAAAUUAAUAGAUAGGGUGUAAAAUUGCAUGCAUAUUAUGAAAGCGCCCAAUGUGUUCUAUUUUAUUAACAUUUACGUA